UCAGGCCAGUGUUCUUCUGCUGGCACAUGUGUAAAGUGGAGCACUAGAGUUGUGUAUCUUAUUACAUGUAGUACGCAUCUGCAACCAGAUUGGCAGCAGUUCUCUGUUGAUGCUUGAAUACUCGGGUCGGGACUCGGGUUCCUCCAUGGGUUGACGUGGGACCAGCAGACGAGAGUACAUCAUGCAGACCUGGUGCAGGCCUGCUCACAACCUUGAUGGUUAUCAUCCGCGCUUCACAUUCCUGACAUUGAACCGCCGUCAAAUGCGCUCAUCAAGAUUAAGAUACCCGUCGGCCUUUUUCCAGCCUAGCGUUUGCUCUCACCAUCUAGGCGCCGACUGCUGACAUGCUGUCUGAACGUGCCGAUUAAGCGACAUUUUCCAAAUAUUCCCAGACAUGCUAACGGAGCGUCUUAUGGCGGAUCACAUACCGGUCUCAACCGUGGCUCCGCCGGACCGGUUCUACCUCGCCUACUUCAUCUUCCUGCUGCUGGGCGUCGGCUUCCUCCUCCCGUGGAAUGCCUUCAUAACAGCCGUCGAUUACUUCUACCUUCUCUAUCCGACGGCUCAUGUCGCGACGCUCUUUUGCGUCGCUUACAUGUUCGCCAACCUCGGCACUCUUAUUCUCGUCCUGCUGUACGGCCAGCACGUGCCGUCUCGCACGCGCAUCGCCCACGGCUUCAUCGCCUUCGCUCUCCUCGUCCUCCUCGUCCCCGCGCUCGACGCCAUCUGCGCUCCCGGCGCCAUUGCUCCCGGCACCAACCAAGGCGCACAGAUUCCCGGCACUGCCGAUGGUUCCGCUGCCGGUCUCGCCGGGAAUUCCGCCGCCGCCUCCGCCGCGUCGUCGUCGCUGGCACUGGCGCUGACGGUGGCGGCGGUGGCGGCGUCGGGGGCGAUAGACGCGGUGGUGCAGGGCAGCCUGUUCGGCAUGGCGGGCGAGCUGCACGAGCGCUACACGCAGGCCCUCGCCGCUGGAACUAGCGUUUCAGGCAUCGUCGUGUCCGCGGUGCGCAUUCUCACUAAAGCGGUUCUCCCCGGCACCCCCGCGGGCCUGCGCCUCUCCGCGCACCUGUACUUCCUCCUCUCCGCGCUCAUCCUCCUCGGCUGCCUCCUCGCCUUCCGCCGCCUGCACAAUCUCCCGGUCAUCCGCUUCCUCCAAUCGCAGGUCGCCGCGCUCGCCGAAGCUGAGCGCCGGGCCCGGGAAAAGGCUCGGCGAGCCGGGCCUGGUGCGGGUGUUGUAGCCGCGGGGGCAGUAUGCCAUGGUGGGGGCGGAGGUGAGGGAGGGGGGAGAGGAGGGGUGGGAGAAGGACAUGUGGGAGGGGAUGUAGGAGGGGUGGAUAUGAGCGCUGAGCAUGUAGCUCCAGAGGGCAGGGUGAGGCAGGAGGAGGCAGAUGAGGAGGAGGAAGUAGCUGACAGGGGUGCAGCGGGCGCUGGUGGGGAUGAUGAUGAGGCGCUGGAGCCGUUGGUGAAGCGAGAGGCGACUGAGGAGGAGGAGCAGGUGAUUCGGCAGCUGCUGGCGAUCGAGGACGAGGCGGAGCGAUGGGAGCAGGAGAGGGAACGGGACGUGUCAGCGGCAGGGACAGCAGCAGGAGCAGCAGAGACGGAAGGAGGCGCAACAGCAGCAGCAGAGAGUGAAGCAGAAGCAGGAGCAGAAGCAGAAUCAGCACCUGAUGUUGCUGCACUGUUGGAUGGGCGUGGAGCAAGCAGAAGCGAGAUAGCAGAGGUGAAUGGGGUAGACCAUGACAGGGAUAGUUUGAGUCAAAAUCGCGCUCACAGUAACGGCCACAGUCACAGUCAUAGUCACAGUCACAGUCACAGUCACAGUCACAAACAGGCAACCAGCAAGGGCAGGCACUCACAUGCAGUGGGCAAGGCAGGGAGGCGGAGGUGGGAUCGGGUGAUAGCCUGGUGGGAGCACACAUUUCGGUCGGAAGACGCCAUGCUGGCAGAAGGCCGUGCCUUCUCCCUCCACGUACCCCCUAUAGUCGACUCCGCCCCCUCGAUAUACCACCAGCAGUGGCAGGUGAUGCAGCAGAUCUGGCCGUACGCUGCGUCCCUCUCGCUCGUGUACAUAGUUACUAUCUCCAUCUUCCCUGGAUUCAUUUCGGAGCUUCAGUCUGACGCGCUCGGUUCCUGGUACCCUAUCCUCCUUAUAGGCAUGUACAACGUGUUCGAUUUUUUCGGGAAGAUGGCGCCGGUAGUGUUCCUGGUGACGGAUUUGAAGGUGUUAAUGGCUCUAGUCCUGGCGAGAGGGGGGUUUUAUGUGUUGUACCCCCUCUGUGUGUGGUGGGGGCCCUUAUGGGCUCGACACGAGGUCGUUAUAGCCGCUGUUACGGGGGCGUUUGGGUUCUCUAAUGGCCUGCUGACGAGCCUGCUUAUGAUGGCGGCGCCGAACCAGGUGCCUCGGGACCGAGCCGAGUCGGCUGGUAUGGUGAUGGUGGUGUUCCUGGUGGUGGGGCUGUUCACAGGGUCGCUGCUCAGCUGGGCACGGCUGGGCUUUUGAGUCUUGAACGGUUGGGCUUCAGAACUAGUAGUUGGAUGCAGAUUCCUAGUUGUGUGAGGCGCCUCAGAACUACUGGGAGCUGGUAUGGUGAUGGUGAUGGUGGUGCGCCUGGUGGUGGGGGGCUGUUCAACUGCAUUUUGAGUCGACUCAAAAUGCACCUGGUGGGUGGCUGUUCAUAGCGUUGCUGCUCAGUCAGGCUUCUAAUCAGAUCGUGGCGGGUGUCUGAUGGGACGCCGUUGCCUAGUUGAUUACCAGGCGCCUCAAAACCAUCCGGUAUGGUGAUGGAGUUGCUGGUGGUGGGGCUGCUCAUUGGGCCUCUGCUCAGCUAGGCAUGGCUGGGCUUUUUAUCGGGUAUGGGUUCUUGAGCCCCAAUGAGUUUGGGCAGGAAGUAUAUUGUACAUAAUGCCUUCAGUGUAUAUUGCAUUUCCAGUAUUAUCUGAAAACUGUUGGAUUGGAAAACGAAGAUGAAUGAUC